AUGAAACUCGGCAGCGGCUUCCUGGGCGGCGGCGGCGGCGGCGGCGGCUCUUCCAAGAGGGCGGCGAUGGAGCCCGCUUUCCCCCCCAGCAUGGUCAUGUUCAAUCACCGCCUGCCGCCAGUCACCAGCUUCACCCGGCCGGCCGCGCCCCCGCAGCAUUGUGGGCUGACUUCGGCCUCCUCUUCCUCCUCCUCGGCCACCCCCUCCGCCGCCUCCUCGUCCUCCUCCUCCGCCACCGCCACCGCGACGACGGCAACGGCCGCCGAGCCCCCGCCGCCGCCGCCCCCCCCUCCUGCCCUCCCGCAAAGCAUGACUUUUAAGAAGGAGCCUGCAGGGGGGUUCCCCCUCUCUGCCCCCUGCGCCUCCUCCCAGAGGAGCUCUUGGGGCUUCUUCCACUCGCUGGUGAACAUCAAGCAGGAGAAGCCCAGCGAUCAGGAGGACGAGGAGCAGCAGCAGCAGCAGCAGCCGCCACCCCAUCACCACCAUCACCAUUAUGGGGGCCUCUUCGGGAUAGCUGGGGAGGAGCGGCACCCUGGUCUUGCUAGUGGCGGCAGCGGUGUGGAAGGGGCUGGCCAGAGUGUGAUCCAAGACCUCAGCCUGUUCCACCAUUUGCAUCAUCAUCCUCACCGAGGAGACUUGCUGCUGGGCAUCCGGAGCGGUGGUGAAGUGGGUCCUGUUGGCUCGGAGGAGCCCAAGAAUGACACCCAGGCCAGGAAGGUGAAGAGGCCAAAGUCAGAAUCUCAGGGAAUCAAAGCCAAGAGGAAGCCGAGCACUUCGUCCAAGUCCCUCGCGACAGGAGAUGGAGAUGCUGCCAUGCUGUCCCCUAGCCAGAAACCUCAUGUCUGUGAACACUGCAGUGCUGCCUUCAGGAGCUCCUAUCAUCUGCGCAGGCAUGUGCUCAUUCAUACCGGCGAGAGGCCUUUCCAGUGUAGCCAGUGCAACAUGGGUUUCAUUCAGAAGUAUUUGCUACAGAGACAUGAAAAGAUCCACAGCAGGGAGAAGCCGUUUGGGUGCGACCAGUGCAGUAUGAAAUUCAUCCAAAAGUAUCAUAUGGAGAGACACAAGAGGACGCACAGUGGAGAAAAGCCAUACAAAUGUGAAACCUGUCAGCAGUAUUUUUCAAGGACUGAUAGACUGUUGAAGCACAGACGUACGUGUGGAGAAGCCAUAGGGAAAGCAAGUGCUGGAAUGGAUCCUGGGCCAUCAAACCAUAGCAUGGGCAACUUGUCUAUGUUGUCUCAGGGAAAUACAGGUUCGUCAAGGAGAAAAAGCAAAGCAAAAUGUAUAUCCACUGAAAACAAAGACAGCAAGCCUAGUCAUAAAGUAUCCGAGUCUCAAAUUGUAUCUAAUAUGACUUUGCCGAACUAUGCGGUGGAGAUUCCUAUAGUGUCUUCCAGUGGUGGCUUGAUUGGCACUGGGAUAGAAGAACUACAGAAAAAAGUGCCAAAACUAGUCUUUAAAAAAGGAAGCAGGAAAGUUCCAGACAAGAGUUUUCUGAACUUUGUGUCACCAUUACCUGACCUUCUUGGUCAAAAACAGUUGUCUGGAAAACCCAGUGGCUCUCUUGGCAUAGUUGCAAAUACUAGCGUAGAUGCUAUUGGCCUUCUCCAAGCUGCAGGUAGUAAACCAGGUCAAUUAAGUAGCAAUUAUGAUGAUGCCAUGCAAUUUUCAAAGAAAAGAAGAUAUUUGCAAACCGCCAGCAGUAACAGUGCCUUUUCUAUAAAUGUUGGGCAUAUGGCCUCCCAACCGUCUGUUAUUCAGUCUGCAGGUGUAAGUGUUAUGGACAGUGAAACCCCUUUAUCUCUUAUAGACUCAUCAUCCCUAAAUGCUGACAUCAAAUCUUGUCACGACAAGUCUAGCAUUCCUGAUGAAGUCUUGCAAAGUAUUCUAGAGCAGUACUCUCACAAAUCAGAAGGCCAGAAAGAAGAUCCCUUCAGCAUCACUGAACAGCGUGUGGACUUGCAUGCCUCAGGAGAACACACAGACAUGGUUCAAGAGGAGAACCUGAGCCCCAGCUCCCAAACAGCUCCAAGCGACAAAGCAAGUGUGUUGCAAGAAUACUCAAAAUACCUCCAACAUGCGUUUGAAAGAACAACCAAUAGUACUGGUUUUGCUUUUGGACCCAGUUUUCAAUUUGUAAGUUUGUCUUCAAGCCUUCAUAACCAUACUUUGUUUCAAGACAAACAAAUAUACACUACAUCUCCACUUGAGUGUGGUUUUGGCCAAUCUGUUACCUCUGCAUUGACAAAGCCUCCUUUUGGGAUGUUGCUUGGAUCUCAGCCUGGUUUUUAUUUAUCUGCUUUGGAGGCAACCCAUCAACAGUUGACUCCUUCGCAAGAGCUAGAUGACCUGAUAGACUCUCAGAAAAAUCUAGACACUUCAUCAGGUUAUCAGUCUACGCCUCAAAAAUUGAAUAGCCAGAAGGAACAAAAAAACCUAGAAUCUUCAGCAAGCUUUCCAAUUCCAUCUCAGGAGCUAGCUAACCAGAUAGAUCCUCAAAAAGACCUGGAACAUCGAGCAACAUAUCAGAUAGAGACCUUUGCACAAGCAUUUGGUUCUCAGUUUAAGACGGGCAGCAGGGUGCCAAUGACUUUUAUUGCUAACUCUAAUGGGGAAGUGGACCAUAGAGUAAGGACUUCAGUAUCAGAUUUCUCAGGGUAUACAAAUAUAAUGUCUGAUGUAAGUGAGCCAUGUAGUACAAGAGUAAAAACCCCAACUAGCCAAAGUUAUAGGUAAAGUUCCAAGUGUGACUAGGUUUUGGGGUGAUCUUCAUGUAUUAGUUUUAUUUUGAUAACACUGCCAUUGGAAUGUUUCUACACAAGUCUAAUACAAAUAAUGUAACACGCCCUUUCAAUGCAACUUUUCAUAUUUAGUUUUUGUUAAUGUAAUUUUAGAUCAGUUUGUAUUAUGGUUUUUAAUCAGAUCAAUAGACUUGAUAGUUUGCAUUUUAUGUGUUCAUGUGACAGUGUUUAGCAAUCCAAUUUACAUAUUUAGAUUGUCAGGGAAUAGCCCAAAAGUUGCAAAAUGCAAAAAACUAAAAAAGAGAAAAAAACAAAAACAAAAAAACCUUUGUUCCUAGGAUUAAGGUUUAUUUUAAUUGCUUUACUCUCAGGAAAAUGUAACGAAGCAAGGAGAUUCUGUGCACUACUGGUGUAUUAGAGUUUCCAGUUUAUAGAUAAGUGGCAAAUCUACUUCACCAUUUAACAAAGGGAUCUAAAACAUUACAACUUGCUGUCUUAUAUCUGGGUGAUAAAAAUUUCUGAGAACUUGGCUACCUACAGCUUGUUUAUAGAUGCUAAUGUACUCUGUUUCUUUUCCAGAUGAUGAUACUCAUUCCAGACUGGUGGGGUAGAUAUUCUCAGAUCCUUGGUAUAAGCCUAGAAUGAUAGCUUUAAUACAAACUAUAAUGCCCACCCCCAUUUUUUCCUGAAGACUGUAAUUUUGUAAGGAGAUUUGAGUGGUAUAAUCCACAAGAAGAAUUUUAAAGAGGCAAAUUUAUGUCAUUGGAACCCUAAAUGAAAAUUACAGUCAUAAUUUAUAUACGUUUUGGGAUGCAUUAUUUAUUAUAUAUUUUAAUCCCUCAAAUUGGCCUCCAAAUCUUCUUUCUUCUGCUUAAGUAUUUCUGUUUAGUGUCUUAGGUCCCUGUAUUUUAUCAGUUAUUUUUUAUAUCAAUCCCACUCUCCACGAUUUGUGAUCUCUUCCUGUUCCUUUUAGGUAAAAGCUGGAAUUUUAGAAGAUUUACAUUCCAGAAGAUUGCAUAACUUAUUAUGUGUUUUCUGAUGUCUUGUGACAUCAAAAGCUGAACAAUUAAAAAAGUUGAAUGCCCCUUUAUUUUAGAAGGCCAUAAAGGUUUCCAUACUAAGAACAGUUACUCAGUUGUACAUAGCGAAGCCCUGCACCAUGCGUUGGGAUUUACUAGUUUAGUCAUCCAUGUCCACAGGCAGUUUUGAGUAUUUUGAGGGUAGGGUGUGGGUGGGGGUUAAGAGUACAUGUGGUUACAAGGAAAUGUAGGACACUUUGCAGGCUUGUGUAUUAAGUCUGCACUUCCAUUCAGAGGUUGGCCUAAAUGAAUGAACCAUGUGACCAAUACCUAUGUGGCUUAUUGUAGCCAAGAUCUUCCCAAGGAAUUGUUGCUCAAAUUCAUGUAUAUUUUGUGGUACAUUAUUUAUGAUAUGUGAAUCUUGUUUAGAACCUGUGGAGCCACGGAAACCUGCUAGAAAACUUAGUGGCUAUUUUCAGACUGCUAAAAAGCAGUUGCACUGCCCAGAACCACUUUUUCAGAUGUAUUUUUUUCCUAAUUAGUUCUUUAAUGUAAUUUUGGUGAUGUUUAUGCAGAUUUUUAAAAAUGUACUUUUGGUGAUGUUUCUAUCUUACGUACUUUCUGAAGGCAGAAAAGUACCAGUGGUUGUUUGCAGUCUUAUUGUGUAAUGGGCCUAUUGCAGGCUACCAUGUAUAAUAAAGUAAUUAACAUUGUACGAGUGUAAAACACUUCUUUUACGAAGAUGGUGUUACAGAACUAUGAAAUUCUUAAAUUGUUACAAAAUGUUAAACAUACCCAUUUUCUCUCUUUACCCCGUCCACCAAAUCAACCUGAACACUGUUUUACCAAAUGAACUACCACCUUGUUACUAAUGCAUCAUUAAUUAAACCCUACUUGAGUAUAUAUACUUGAUUAUGUAUUUCCCGUCCUUCAAAUUAGUGCUGUUAAUUUCCCCUGCCUUCCAGGCACAGAGCACAACUUAUCAUCAAGGGAUGGAGUUUACCUUAACCACUGUGUUCUACUAUGGGUUUUGUCUUUGUUUUGGGGAUAUUCUGUUCCACAGCGGUUAUGAUUUAUUUUCUUUAUAUUGUGUGUACUGGAUAGUAUAUGUGUUCCGGGAUUGUUUGCUUAGACUGUGACCAAUUAAAAUGCUAUUCACAAAAAUCUAAGGAAAGAAGAUGCUGUUGUAUUAUCUAUCCAGUUACAUGACUGGCUUUGUCAAGAAAAUUCCAUAAAAUGUUUUAAACUAAAUUGCUGGAACAAUAGAAGAAGAACAUGCUUGCUUUUAAAGGUAUUUUUAUUGUAAAACUUGUUUAGGUGAACAAUAAAAACACUCUUUUUCGUUA